AAGAUGUCUGCGCCCACAAUAUCAAAACAAAUUUCCUGUUUCAGUUUAAACCCUGUAGUAUAUAUCUACCACGGUGUCAAAUAAAAACAGAAACUCAUCUGCCAUUCUACAUAGCCAAUACAAAAUACAGUCAUGGCAGAGGAAGUUACAGGAGAGGGUACAAAGUUUGAUCUGAAGCCAAAUGAUGAAUUAAGAUUUGAAGUAGAAACUAAACAAACAGUUGUAAUGGAGAUGACUCAUGGAAAGGGUGAGGUUUUUGGGGCUGAAUUAGCUAAAAAUAAGAAAUACAAAUUCAAUUCUGGUGCAAAAGUAGCUGUCUAUACAUGGCAUGGCUGUCAAAUUAAAAUAUCCUUUCCUAACCUGGUAGGAACAACAGAAGUAGCAUAUAUAUCUAAAGAAACACCAAUGUUAAUGUAUUUGAAUACACAUGCUGCUCUUGAACAGAUGAGACUCAAGGCUGAUGAAGAAAAUAUGAGAGGACCCAGAGCUAUAAUUGUUGGUCCUACUGAUGUAGGUAAAAGUACAUUAUGUAGAAUACUGUGUAACUAUGCUGCCAGACUAGGAAGAGCACCAAUAUUUGCUGAUAUUGAUGUAGGUCAAGGACAAACAGAUAUUCCAGGAACAAUAGGAGCAUUAUCUGUUGAACGUCCAUCUGAUGUUGAAGAAGAUUAUUCCCAGUUAUCUCCCUUAUCAUUUCAUUUUGGUCACAAAACACCACAAACAAAUACUGCCUUGUAUGAAUUAUUGAUACAACGUCUAGCAGAAGUCAUCAAUAUGAGAAGUGAAAAGAGUAAAAGAACUAAUGUAAGUGGUGUUAUUAUAAAUACAUGUGGUUGGAUAAGAGGAGCAGGUUAUGAACUUAUCAAAAAUACUGCUGGUGCAUUUGAAGUUGAUUUAGUGAUGGUGAUAGAUCAAGAAAGAUUAUUUAAUGAAUUAAAAAGAGAUUUACCCCAUUUUGUCCAUGUUGUUUUAUUACCUAAAUCUGGAGGGGUUGUGGAAAGAUCCCAGAGUUCUCGAGGUGAAGCUAGGGAUGCUAAAAUAAGAGAAUAUUUCUAUGGUAUUGAUAAUAGUUUAUAUCCACACAAUUUCGAAGUUAAAUUUACAGACGUUAAGAUCUUCAAAAUUGGAGCACCAGUUUUACCAGAAUCAUGUUUACCAUUAGGUAUGAAAGCAGAAGAUAAUAAAACUAAACAGGUUCCUGUUAUGCCUUCUAUGUCAUUAUUACACCAUGUAUUUAGUGUUAGCGCUGCCAAUUCACCAGAAGAUAAUGUUGUAGAAACCAAUGUUUUAGGAUAUGUUGUCAUUACUGCAAUUGAUAUGGAGAAACAAUGUUUUACAGUGUUAGCCCCAUCACCUCGUCCAUUACCUAAAAAUAUCUUAUUAAUGAUGGACUUACAGUUCAUGGACAUAAAAUAGUCAAUGUGCUCAUCAAGGAUUUUAUUCAGUGUCCGAAUUUAUUUUUGGAGAAGAGAACUUUUAAUGGGUUGAAAUAAAUUUUUAUGACUCUUGUUCAGUUACAUCUGUCAACAAAAGCCUAUUAUGUUUGUCUUUUUUUGACAGGGCGUAUCUAUUCCGUACCAAUAACAUUAUGGGCUAUCGAUAAUAAUCUUUGAGAACUUUGUUGAGAAGUGACAAAGCAGAAACACCAUUUAAAUAUUGAUAUCAAAAUAAGACUCAGUUAUCAAAGAUGUAGGCCAACAUCAAAAAGCCAUGUAAAUAUUUUCUUAUAAUAAUAAAAAUGCCUUUU